AUGUCGGCCAGCAUCGAAAAGACCGACUCGCCCGUCGCUUCCUCGGAGCCCGUUCAGACCGAGAAGCCUGGCUUCCUCGGCGGCAUCAAGCAGUCCUUCAAGGGCGUCACCCGUUCCGGUCGUCGUGAGGCGCAGGCCAAGGCGCUCGCCGCUGAAAUCGAGCGCCAGCGCAAUGUCGACCCUCGCCCCUUCCCCCUCAGGCCCAUUGAGCUCGCUGAUCUCCUCGACCCCAAGAGCGUAGAGAAGCUUCGCGACAUGGGCGGUGUCAAGGGCGUUCUCGCCUCGCUCGGCACCGACGAGCACCGCGGCCUCGACCUUGGCGGAACCAAGACCAUCGAGGCCGGCGGUGCAGCCACUCAAGACAUCGAGAGCGCUCCCACCACCACCGGCAAGAGCCGCGACCCCAACUUUGUCGAUGCCUCCGAGGAGGACCGUGUCCGCGUCUACGGAAACAAUGUCCUCCCCGAACGCAAGUCCAACAGUCUUCUUCUCCUCAUGUGGCUCGCUCUCCAGGACAAGAUUCUCAUCUUGCUCUGCGUUGCUGCCGUCGUCUCGCUUGCUCUCGGUAUCUACACCAGCACACUGCCUCCCGAGGAGGUCGCCUGUGUCGUCAACGGUAUCGAGACCACCUGUGAAUCCAUCCACAUCGACUGGGUCGAAGGUCUCGCUAUUCUCAUCGCUAUCAUCAUCGUCGAUCUCGUCGGUUCCGUCAACGACUACCAAAAGGAGCGCCAGUUCAAGAAACUCAACGCCAAGAAGGAGCAGCGCGACGUCAAGGUCCUCCGUCAGGGAAAGCCCGCUCUCAUGUCUGUCUACGAUGUUGUCGUUGGUGACAUUCUCCAGCUCGAGCCUGGUGAGAUUGUCCCCUGUGACGGUAUUUUCCUCCGUGGCCACAAUGUCAAGUGUGACGAGUCUGGUGCUACCGGAGAGUCCGACAUGAUCCGCAAGGUCACUUACGACGAGUGCAUCACCGAUCUCGAAGAGGCCCGCCGCAAGAACGAGAAGCCCAAGAACCGCGACUGCUUCCUCAUCUCUGGUUCCAAGGUCCUCGAGGGUGUCGGCGAGUACGUCGUCAUCGCUGUCGGUCCCACCAGUUUCAACGGCAAACUCAUGCUUUCGCUCCGCAGCGACGCUGAGGACACCCCGCUUCAGUCCAAGCUCAACCGCCUCGCCGAUCUCAUCGCUUGGCUCGGUUCCACCGCCGGUAUCGUUCUCUUCACUGCCCUCAUGAUCCGAUUCUUCGUCCACCUCGCUCAGGAGCCGAACCGCUCCUCCAACGACAAGGCCCAGGAUUUUAUCAACAUUCUCAUUAUCGCCGUCACCGUGGUGGUCGUUGCCGUGCCCGAAGGUCUUCCUCUCGCCGUCACCCUCGCUCUUGCCUUUGCUACCAAGCGCAUGACCAAGAUGAACUUGCUUGUUCGUCUGCUCGGCGCCUGUGAGACCAUGGCCAACGCCAGCGUCGUCUGCACUGACAAGACCGGUACUCUUACUCAGAACGAGAUGAGCGUCGUCGCUGGUAGCAUCGGUAUCAACUUCAAGUUUGCCGAUCGCCUCGAGGCCAACCGCAAGCGUGUCGAGACCGAGCACGACGCCGGUUCCUCCACCCAGACUCGUAUCGUAGAGCAGAACGACCUCAACUCCAACAUCAGCGCUCCCCUCCAAAGGCUCUUCAACGACAGCAUUGCCAUCAACUCGACCGCCUUCGAGGAGGCCAAGUCGGAGGACGAUGACGAGGCUGCCGUCGCCAACCCUGUUGCCAAGGUCAAGAAGUUCGGUCUCUCCGGUCUCUUCAAGUCCAAGAAGGCUGCUGCCACCGAGGAAAAGAAGAAGGAGAACGGCUUUGUUGGUUCCAAGACCGAGACUGCUCUACUCAAGAUGGCCAAGGAUCUCAACUGGGAGGACUACCGCGCCUCGCGAGAGCGUGCCGAGGUCGUCCAGAUGAUCCCUUUCAGCUCCGAACGCAAGGCCAUGGGUGUCGUUGUCAAGCGUCCCGAGGGCGGUUUCCGUAUCUACCUCAAGGGUGCCUCCGAAGUGCUCACCCGUCUCUGCACUCGUCACGUCGAAGUCACUGAAACCACCUCAGACAGCAUCCAGAUCGAGGAGCUCAACGCUGCCAAGCUCGAGAAGGUAAACUCUACCAUCACCGGAUUCGCCAACCAGACGCUCAGGACCCUCGCUCUUGUCUACCGUGACCUCGAGUCGUUCCCUCCCCAGGAUGCUAAGAUCGACGAGUCUGGAGACGUAGAGUACGCUUCGCUCGCUCAGGAUCUCACUCUGGUUGCUAUCGCUGCUAUCGAGGACCCUCUCCGACCUGGUGUCACUGAGGCCGUCGCCGCGUGCGCCCGCGCCGGUGUCCAGGUCAAGAUGUGCACUGGUGACAACGUGCUCACUGCCAAGUCGAUCGCCACUCAGUGUGGCAUCUACACUCCUGGCGGCAUCGUCAUGGAGGGCCCCGUCUUCCGCAAGCUCAGCCGCACUGACAUGAUGGAGGUCGUCCCCAGGCUCCAGGUGCUCGCCCGUUCCUCGCCCGAAGACAAGAAAAUUCUCGUCGAGACCCUCAAGAGUCUCGGUGAGGUCGUCGGUGUCACUGGUGACGGUACCAACGACGGUCCUGCGCUCAAGACCGCCAACGUCGGUUUCUCGAUGGGUAUCGCUGGUACUGAGGUCGCCAAGGAAGCUUCGGACAUCAUUCUCAUGGAUGACAACUUUGCUUCCAUCGUCAGCGCCAUCAUGUGGGGUCGCUGUGUCAACGACGCUGUGCGCAAGUUCCUGCAGUUCCAGCUUUCGGUCAACAUCUCCGCCGUCAUCGUCACUUUCGUUACCGCCGUCGCCUCCGAGGAGGGUACUUCCGCCCUCAAGGCUGUUCAGCUGCUCUGGAUCAACCUCAUCAUGGACACGCUUGCUGCUCUUGCCCUCGCCACCGACCCUGCUACCCCUGAUCUGCUCGACCGCAAACCGGACCGUCGCACCGCUGCUUUGAUCUCGACCGACAUGUGGAAGAUGAUCAUCGGCCAGUCGAUCUACCAGACGGCUGUCAUCCUGGUGCUCAACUUUGCCGGCAAAUCGAUCCUCAACAUGCAGACUGGCACUCCCUUCCAGCAGCAGCGCAGCGACACGGAGCUCUCGGCCAUCGUGUUCAACACGUUUGUGUGGUGCCAGCUGUUCAACCAGGUCAACUCUCGUUCGCUCACCAGGAAGCUCAACAUCUUCAGCAAUCUGCACAAGAACCCUUGGUUCCUCGGCAUCUUGGCCAUCGAGAUUGGCUUCCAGGUUCUGAUCAUGUUCAUCGGUGGUGCUGCCUUCUCGGUCAUCCGUCUCACUGGACGCGACUGGGGAGUAUCGAUCGUUGUCGGUUUCGUCUCGUGGCCGCUGGCCGUUCUCAUCCGUCUGCUGCCCACACAGCCGUUCGAGAACUUCCUGAUCAAGUACAAGCUGAUGCAGGACCCCAACGCGCUCCCUCCUCCCGUCUCCGAGACCGGUUCCGAGGACGGCAAGAACGUCCGCGCCCGCACCUUCUCCGAGUGGCUCCCUGCCGUCGGCCAGGUGGGCGAGCAGCUCAACUCGUUCCGCAGCAUCCGCGGUGGUCGUAUCGCGGCCACCCCUCGUAUCUACGAGUCGCGUGAGCGCCAGCUCAAGUCGGCCAACUUCCACCACCAGAGCGUGCUCGCCAUGGUCCCUGGUUUCGUCGUUGCCAGCAUCGGCGGCAACUGGCGCUCCGAGGGCAAGGAGGGCAAGGAGGACAGCAGCGCCAAGCCGUCCGCUCAGCAGCAGGCGCCCCAGGCAGCCUACGAGCCCCCCGUCGACAUGACCACGCUCUACAAGGAGGGCAAGGUCACCUUCCACCCCGAGACCAAGAACGACGACGCCCUCAUGCGCCGCUUCCAGGGUAGCGCCUAA